AUGCACUCCAGGGAGAAAACAAAUGAACGUCAUGGACGCCUGAUUCCAGUGGGAAACAGGAAACCACCGAUUUCAAUCUCGACCGAGCCUCGUUCGGGGUUCAAACUUGGGGCAAGAGUUAUUGGACCGCGUUUUCCGUCAUUUGAACCUUUUGGAAACAGCUUACUUUGGAUUACGCAAUGGUUAGAUCCAAGUAAAAAAAUUGGAAAGCAAUUGAAAAUUCGUAAGAAUGAUUCGACGCAAGAUACUUACACCCUUUAUUUUGGUGUUAAAUUUUACGCCGCUGAUCCUUGCAAGCUCAUAGAGGAAAUUACAAGGUAUCAAUUCUUCCUACAAGUUAAACAGGAUAUUUUCCAUGGCAGGUUACCAGUCUCUUUUGAUCUAGCUGCUGAAUUAGGUGCUUAUGUAGUCCAAUCGGAACUUGGUGAUUAUGAUCCGCGACGGCAUUCUCCCGGUUAUGUUACCGAGUUUCGAUUUCUCACUAAUCAAACGUCUGAACUGGAAUCAAGGAUAGUCGAGCUUCAUAAAACUCUAAUUGGUCAAGUGCCGUCAACAGCAGAGCUCAACUAUUUGGAUAAAGUUAAGUGGCUUGAAAUGUAUGGAGUUGAUCUUCACCCCGUGUUAGGCGAUGACAGCGUUGAAUACUAUUUGGGUUUAACUCCAAGUGGUAUAAUAUUAUUACGAAAUAAAACCAAAGUAGGCAAUUACUACUGGCCACGUAUCAACAAAAUAUAUUACAAAGGUAGAUACUUUAUGCUUCGUGUCAGCGAAAAAAAUUCAGAAGAGCGAACGCACGGGUUUGAAACGCCGUCAAAGGGUGCUUGUCGACAUCUUUGGAAGUGUUGCCAAGAGCAUCAAGCAUUUUUCCGAUUAAUGGCCACUGGACCACCGCCUAUGAGCCCGUACUCUCGUUUCCGCUCUUACAGUCCCACUUCAGAAAAACAUCAGCAGGGUUCUAUUCGUCGGAUUCCACAGCCAUCUUUUCAACGUGUUCCAAGUCGUAGAGCUCAGCGUAGAAUCGUCGAAGGACAAGAGACAGUCGGGCCAUUUACGGAAACUCCAGCAGUUGAUCGCAUAACAUCUGUCAAUUUAGGAAACUCUAAUAUCACUAGACAUGUAAAUAGUUCCAGUCCCAGAAGUAUUCGAAGUGCUCCUUGGACUCAAAGUCAAUCGCGAGGAUUCUAUUCAUCGUCCAGUCCUCGGUCUGUGCGUUCUGCAGGCACAGCUCCUGGAUUAUUUAACAGAAUUCACAGGCGGAGUAGUUCUGUAGAAAGUCAAAGCUCUGGUGACAGCCAUAGUCGCAGUGGACAUCGUAGACGAAGCCAUAGUCACAGUCACAGCCACCGUAGACAUAGUCGGCAUUCUGACUGCGAGUCUGAACUUUCUAGAGGAUCCGAUAGCAGAUCUGGCCACCGUAAACAUCGCCGAAAACACAGAAGUUCUCGUAACUCACGGCAUGAGUUGGUUGAUUCUGAGCCACAGUGGAGGGAAGCACAAAAACGAAAAGCUGAAGGAGUUCAAAGAGCAGUGGUGAGUCAUACAGAACCGAGAAGAAAACAUAGAAGUAGACAUAGAAGUCCAUCUCAGAAAUUACCUCACGAACUUAGAAAGCAUUUAGAGUAUGAUCUCAUUGAUACAUCAAGAAUGACUGAAGAACAACGAAGAGAAAUAUCAUACACGGUUGUUAAAUCUCAAACAAUCCCUCAAAGUCUUUCGCAUUUAAGUAAUUUACAUUUAGACGUUGAUGCAACAGUCUCAACUAGAACAAUCGGAACAUUUGACAAGAGGGAUAGACAAAUUCGUCAUAAAUACGAGGCUAAUUAUGACCCAGUAUUAUCAUCAAGAUCCACUGGACUCGAAUCAAAGUAUUCGGCACCUAGGAAUCAUUAUAAUCAUCAAAGAGAUUAUAAUUCGACUUCACGUAAUAGUAAAAUAUUAAUUGGCAGCAAUGUUGAUAGUGGAUUAGGUGAAAGCACUACUCAAGAUUUAUCGAGUUGCUGUUCAAGUUCUGCUGAUAGCACUAGAAUAACUCGUAUGACGCAAGGACAAUUACCAAGAAAAGGAAUUUAUGAUUUAUCACCAAAUCCCGAAAAUUCGCCUCCUAUUGAUGUUACUUUAGAUGCAGUUCUUCAACCUAUAAUAUCAACAUUAACACGGAAACCUAAGAAUUUGCCCAAAUUAUAA